AUGUCUUUUCCAUCCAACGCGGACGCAACGUCUCGAGUCGCUGGGCCCGGCCGCUCUCCUGCGGGCAGUCAGAAGACCUUCGUGGAUCACGACGCGAUCUUUACCCAGAACGAAGAAGCAGCAACGGUUCCGAAGUCGAUGGGGAGCAACUCCAUUUAUGGCAAAGAUGGCGAUGCUUCUGCAUCAACGUCGGAUGAAGAUGGAAACGACACCGAGCUUGAGCGCCGUCAGUCUAUAGUGCAGGAACUGGCUCGUGAGUAUACACGUCACUCUGCUGUCAAUGUCGAUGGGGACAACACGGCCCUAUUUGGCAGUGAAGACCCCGACUCACCCCUCAACCCCAGCGGAAAGAACUUCAGCGCUCGCAAAUGGGCGAAGACACUCGCAAACAUUACCAGAGAGCACGGGUCUGGGUACCGAACAGCCGGAUUUACAUUUCAAAACUUAAACGUCUUCGGUUACGGCAAGGAAACGGACUACCAGAAGGACAUUGGAAACGUAUGGCUUGAGCUUCCGGGCCUCGCUCGCAAGCUCACGUCGAAGACUGGUGGUCAGCGCCGUAUCGAUAUCCUUCGGGACUUCAACGGUGUUGUUGAGGCAGGAGAAAUGCUCGUCGUCCUUGGACCUCCUGGAUCCGGUUGCUCUACCUUUCUCAAAACUAUUGCCGGCGAAAUGAAUGGCAUCUACACCGACGAGCGUGCCUAUUUCAACUACCAAGGUCUUUCUGCAAAGGAACUCCAUAAGCAUCACGCUGGAGAUGCAAUUUACACUGCAGAAGUCGAUGUCCACUACCCUCAGCUGUCUGUCGGAGACACCCUCACGUUUGCUUCCCGAGCACGCUGCCCGCGAACUCUUCCACCUGGAGUCUCGGCAAAUCAGUACUGCGAUCACCUCCGCGAUGUUGUGAUGGCCAUGUACGGCAUCAGCCACACCGUCAAUACGCGUGUGGGCAACGAAUACAUCCGCGGUGUGUCUGGAGGAGAACGCAAGCGCGUGACUAUCGCAGAAGCGACUUUGUCCAACGCUCCUCUGCAGUGCUGGGAUAACUCCACUAGAGGUCUUGAUUCGGCCAAUGCUGUUGAGUUUUGCAAGACUUUGCGUUUGCAGUCGGAACUGUUUGGGCAAACCUGCGCCGUCUCGAUUUACCAAGCACCCCAAAGUGCGUACGAUUUGUUCGACAAGGUUCUCGUUCUCUAUGAAGGACGACAAAUCUUCUUCGGUCGCACAACGGACGCCAGACAGUACUUUAUCAACCUUGGAUUCGAAUGCCCGGCUCGACAGACAACACCCGACUUCCUCACCUCGAUGACAGCACCUUCUGAGCGUGUAGUUCGUCCAGGAUGGGAGUCCCGCGUGCCCAGAACCCCUGACGAGUUUGCCACUUGCUGGAAUGCCAGCCGUGAGUGCCAAGCUCUGAAGGACCAGAUUGAGCAAUACAAAACCAGCCAUCCUCUCGAUGGACCAGACGCCGAGGUUUUCAGGAACCAAAAGCAGUCGGUACAGGCCAAGAACCAGCGCCUCAAGUCCCCCUUCAUUCUGUCCUACGGGCAGCAAGUCAAGCUGUGUCUUUGGCGUGGCUUCAAGCUUCUCAAAGGCGAUCCCAGUCUGACAUUGUUUGCACUCAUCGCCAAUUCAUGCACAGCUCUCAUCAUGUCAUCUUUGUUUUACAAUCUUCCGCAAUCUACUUCGUCCUUCUAUAGUCGCUCUGCAGUCCUCUUCGUCGCCAUCCUCGCCAACGCUUUCUCAAGCGCCCUCGAGAUUCUCACUCAGUACGCCCAACGGCCCAUCGUUGAGAAACAGAGACGUUAUGCUUUCUAUCACGCAUCGGCCGAAGCUUUCUCCUCUGUUUUGGUGGACAUGCCGUACAAGAUUGCAAACACUAUCUGUUACGAUCUCAUUAUAUACUUCAUGACCAACCUGAACAGACAGCCUGGCAACUUCUUCUUCUUCCUGUUGACUACUUUUCUCAUGGUACUUUCCAUGUCCGGUCUGUUUAGAUCAAUCGCCUCAUUGUCACGCACCUUGUCUCAGGCCAUGGUUCCCGCUUCAAUCCUGAUUCUUGCUCUUGUUAUAUUCACUGGUUUCGUCAUUCCCGUCGACUACAUGCUUGGGUGGUGCCGGUGGAUCAACUACCUGGACCCUGUUGCCUAUGGGUUUGAGUCGCUCAUGAUCAACGAGUUCCACAACCGCGAAUUUGAAUGCGGUGCCUUCGUUCCUAGCCCUGGAGUCGCCGGCUACGAGAAUAUCACUUUGGCCAACCGAGCCUGCUCUACAGUCGGCGCCGUUCCCGGCAGACCUACAGUUAACGGAGACGCAUACAUCAACUCCCAGUAUAAGUACUUUAACUCCCACAAGUGGCGCAACAUUGGCAUUCUCAUCGCUUUCACCGUCGCCCUCCACAUGGUUUACUUCUUGGCCACAGAAUACAUCUCGGCUAAAAAGUCUAAGGGAGAGGUCCUUGUCUUUCGUAGGGGGGUUUCUGCCCCCUCUAAAGUUAAGGACGACCCUGAAGCCUCUAUGUCUGGUCCUUCCACGAUUGUCGAAAAGGGCGGUAAGGGCGCUUCUGCCAACGAAGGCGCAAUUCAGGGCUCCACAAGCGUUUUCCACUGGGGCAACGUGUGCUACGAUGUCAAGAUCAAGACCGAGACUAGACGAAUUUUGGACCAUGUGGAUGGUUGGGUGAAGCCUGGCACACUGACAGCGUUGAUGGGUGUUUCUGGUGCCGGGAAGACGACAUUGCUCGAUUGCCUCGCAGACCGUGUCUCGAUGGGCGUGAUUACUGGAGAAAUGCUCGUCGAUGGAAAGAUCCGUGAUGAAUCUUUUCAGCGCAAAACUGGCUAUGUCCAGCAACAGGACCUUCAUCUUGAGACGAGUACCGUUCGCGAGGCAUUGGAGUUCAGUGCUUUACUGCGGCAACCUGCCACAACUCCCAAGGCAGAGAAGCUCGCAUAUGUGGACGAAGUCAUCAAGCUAUUGGACAUGCAAGAAUACGCUGACGCUGUGGUUGGCGUACUUGGCGAAGGCCUAAACGUUGAACAGCGGAAACGACUUACGAUUGGCGUUGAAUUGGCUGCAAAACCGCCCUUGCUGCUCUUCGUCGACGAACCAACCUCUGGCUUAGACUCCCAAACUUCGUGGGCUAUUCUUGAUCUUCUUGAGAAGCUCUCCAAGGCUGGUCAGUCUAUCUUGUGCACCAUCCACCAACCGUCCGCUAUGCUAUUCCAACGCUUCGACCGUUUGUUGUUCCUGGCCAAGGGCGGUAGAACCGUAUACUUCGGCGAUAUUGGCGAAAACUCCCAUACCCUCACUUCCUACUUCGAACGGAAUGGUGCACCCAAGUGUCCUCCUGGAGAAAACCCAGCUGAGUGGAUGCUUACUGCAGUUGGUGCGGCCCCAGGCUCGACUACUGAGGUUGAUUGGCAUCAGGCAUGGAAGUCAAGCCCUGAGUACCAGGCUGUUCAGGAUGAGCUCCAACGCCUCAAGUCCCAGGGGGCCAACGACGAGAAGCGCUCAGAUGAGGAUGAGAAGUUGUCGCAUCGCGAGUUUGCCGCUCCUCUGUGGGACCAAUUCUUGAUCGUCACCCGCCGGGUUUUCCAGCAAUACUGGCGCACGCCCUCAUACAUCUACGCCAAGUUCAUCCUUUGCUGUUCCGUCGCCCUCUUCAUCGGUCUCGUCUUCCUCAACGCUCCUCUUAGUAUCCAGGGCUUGCAGAACCAGAUGUUUGCAAUUUUCAAUAUUCUUUCCAUCUUCGGUCAACUCGUACAACAGCAGAUGCCGCACUUCGUCACCCAGCGCUCCCUCUACGAAGUCCGCGAACGUCCUUCUAAGACCUACAGUUGGAAGGUGUUCAUGCUUUCGCAAAUCGUCACUGAGAUCCCCUGGAACUCCCUCAUGUCCGUAUUCAUGUUCAUCUGCGUGUACUACCCUGUUGGCUUGUACGAGAACGGCGACCCGAGCCAAAGGAGCGAGCGCGCUGGUUUGAUGUGGCUUCUGUUUUGGCAGUUCCUCAUCUUCACUUGCACCUUUGCCCACGCCUGCAUUGCCAUCACUGAAACGGCUGAGAUGGGCGGCAACCUUGCCAACGUCUUGUUCAUGAUGUGUUUGCUGUUCUGCGGUGUCUUGGCGAGUCCCGAGGCUAUGCCCGGUUUCUGGAUCUUCAUGUACAGGGUGUCGCCAUUCACGUACCUUUUGUCGUCGAUCUUGUCGACAGGUCUAGCCAAUUCGGAGGUGACCUGCUCUUCCAACGAGUACAUUCACUUCAGCCCACCGGACAACGAAACGUGCGGCAAUUACAUGGGCGGAUACAUCAAAGCCAUGGGAGGAUACCUUGAGGACCCCGCCUCCCAGACCGACUGCAGUUUCUGCUCUAUCGACAAUACCAAUGCCUUCCUCACUUCCAUCAGCUCCAACUUCGACAACAGAUGGCGCGACUUUGGUAUCGGUAUGGUGUACAUUGUUUUCAACAUUGUCGCUGCUUUGGGUCUGUACUGGUUGGUUCGGAUGCCCAAGGGCAAGAAGAAGGCUUGA